UCGAGGGCCGGGCUUGGUGGCUUUCUGCAGCCCUCAGCGUCCCGGGGGGUCCGCUCUGCGUCUCCAGUCCCGGGACCGAAGCCGCCGGCCGUCUGGGACGGCCUCGUUCGCGCGCCGCCUCGAAGCCUGGAGGACAUGCGGGAGAGAGAAUGAGCCAGAGGGACACGUUGGUGCAUCUGUUUGCCGGGGGAUGUGGUGGUACAGUGGGAGCUAUCCUGACAUGUCCACUGGAAGUUGUAAAAACACGGCUGCAGUCAUCUUCUGUAACUCUUUAUAUAUCUGAAGUUCAGCUCAACACCAUGGCCGGAGCCAGCGUCAACCGAGUGGUCUCUCCUGGCCCUCUGCAUUGCCUCAGAGUGAUCUUGGAAAAAGAAGGGGCUCGUUCCUUGUUCAGAGGACUAGGCCCCAAUUUAGUGGGAGUGGCUCCUUCCAGAGCAAUAUACUUUGCUGCUUAUUCAAACUGCAAAGAAAAGUUGAAUGGUGUAUUUGAUCCUGAUUCUACCCAGGUACAUAUGAUUUCAGCUGCAAUGGCAGGUUUUACUGCCAUCACAGCAACCAACCCCAUCUGGCUCAUAAAGACGCGGUUACAGCUGGACGCGAGGAACCGUGGCGAAAAACGAAUGAGUGCUUUUGAAUGUGUUCGUAAAGUAUAUCGGACAGAUGGACUGAAAGGCUUUUACAGGGGCAUGUCUGCUUCAUAUGCAGGCAUAUCAGAGACUGUUAUACAUUUUGUUAUUUAUGAAAGUAUUAAGCAAAAACUACUGGACUAUAAAAUUGCUUCCACAAUGGAAGAUGGUGAAGAGUCUGUGAAAGAAGCUUCGGAUUUUGUGGGGAUGAUGUUGGCUGCUGCCACCUCAAAAACCUGUGCCACAACUCUAGCGUAUCCACACGAAGUUAUAAGAACAAGACUACGUGAAGAGGGAACAAAAUACAGAUCUUUCUUUCAGACACUCUCUUUGGUUGUUCAAGAAGAAGGUUAUAUGUCCCUCUACCGUGGUUUAACGACUCAUCUGGUGAGACAGAUUCCAAACACAGCUAUUAUGAUGGCCACCUAUGAAUUGGUAGUCUACCUCCUCAAUGGAUAGCAACAUGUGCCUGUUAUCACGGAACAGAGAAAGACCAAAAGAUGACAGUGGACCAUGGAAUAUCUAAGCCAGCAUAGUGGGCAGAAGAAAACUAGCUGGGGAACGUGGAACUAUACCUGAGUGGAAGUUUGGUGGUAGGCGUGGAAAAGGGAUUACAUCACAUUAUUUGAUCUU